CGCAGGCCCGUCGCUCGGUUCGGGGCUGUUCGCGGUGGUGCCGGUUCCGACUAGUCCCGCACCCGGGAUCCCGCGUCGGGCACCAUGCCCGCCGUGCUGGGGUUCGAAGGCAGCGCCAACAAGAUCGGUGUGGGCGUGGUGCGCGACGGCACGGUGCUGGCGAACCCGCGGCGCACCUACGUCACGGCCCCGGGCACGGGAUUCCUUCCAGGUGACACAGCCAGGCACCAUCGUGCAGUUAUCCUAGACCUGCUGCAGGAGGCACUGACAGAGGCUGGGCUAACCUCCCAGGACAUUGACUGCAUCGCUUACACCAAAGGUCCUGGUAUGGGGGCCCCAUUGGCUUCUGUAGCUGUCGUUGCCCGUACUGUGGCCCAGCUGUGGAAUAAGCCUUUGCUGGGUGUGAACCACUGCAUAGGCCACAUUGAAAUGGGCCGCCUCAUCACUGGAGCCAUGAACCCAACUGUUUUGUAUGUCAGCGGAGGAAAUACUCAGGUGAUUUCCUACUCAGAACAUCGUUACCGCAUCUUUGGGGAAACUAUUGAUAUUGCUGUGGGAAACUGCCUGGAUCGUUUUGCUCGCGUGCUGAAGAUUUCCAAUGACCCAAGUCCAGGCUACAACAUCGAGCAGAUGGCAAAGCGAGGCAAGAAGCUAGUUGAGCUGCCAUACACUGUGAAGGGGAUGGAUGUCUCAUUCUCGGGGAUUCUGUCUUUCAUUGAGGAUGUAGCGCAGAGAAUGCUGGCCACGGGGGAGUGCACUCCUGAAGACCUGUGUUUCUCCUUACAGGAAACGGUGUUCGCAAUGCUAGUGGAGAUCACAGAGCGAGCCAUGGCACACUGUGGCUCCAAGGAGGCCCUCAUCGUAGGAGGAGUUGGAUGUAACACGAGGCUGCAGGAGAUGAUGGCAGCCAUGUGCCAGGAGCGAGGGGCCCGGCUCUUUGCAACAGAUGAGAGAUUCUGCAUUGACAAUGGAGCCAUGAUAGCCCAAGCAGGUUGGGAGAUGUUUCAGGCUGGACAUAGGACCCCUCUCACAGAGUCUGGAAUCACACAGAGGUAUAGGACAGAUGAAGUAGAAGUGACGUGGAGGGACUGACGGCAUUAGCUUGCCAAGCAGUGCUGCUGUGGGAGUAAUCUUGGUGACGCUACUGACUCCUCUCCUCUCUGGCAAGUGUAUGGAUCCCACACGAGACUUAGGGUCCCUGUGGAAUCCCAAGAUGACUCCACAAUAAAAAAAAAUCCUUUUUGUAUGUUGAUAA